AUGGCGUCAGAGAAGAAGAAAAUUGAUAGGAACGCACAGCUGUCGGUGUGCAUCACCUUGCUGUUGCUCUUCCUCCCUGUAUGCGUCUCUGCUGCAGGAAAUUGGGGGAGUUGGGAACUGCAGCAGCAACCAUUAACAACAACAGCAACAUCAGGAGCAACCCCUAGUGCCUCUACUGCUACUCUUUCAAACUACACCUCAAGUGGGAGCUCCUGGAGUACAGGAGUUUCCUCUUCAGGAUAUGACGCACAGUCUCGAGGGUCUCCGCUGCUAGGCGAUGCAACUCUUUUUGGUACUGCACGAUUAGCCCCUCAGCCAGAGCCUAGAAGUACUUUUCUUCCUGGUGGAGAUGCACUGCAGGGCCUCCAGCUUGUGGACGGUGCGACGCAGCCGCUGCAGCAGCCGCUGCAGCAGCCUCUGCAGCAGCCUCUGCAGCAGCAGCAAUUGACGCUAGGAGAUUUACCCGUAGAGGUAGAGGGGCAGGCUGGUGGUAUUUUAGAUUUUGGUAUGGAUAUAGAGGGGAAGGGUUUGCAACAGAAGGCGAGGAGUUCGUUGUUGCAGGUGUUUAUUAACUUCUUCAAGAAGCCUGGGAUCUUCAAAAUUCUUGUUUUUGCUGCUGUUAUGCUCGUUUCGUUCUUCUUAGUGGGUGUCUUUGCUCGUAUUGCACAAUUCAUAUUUGGCCUCUGGGCAGCUCUGAAAGUGCUGCAGCUUCUUGAAGAGGAAGAGCCUGCUAGUUCUUCUACCAGCACUAUACCAAGUGCAUAUACGGGGAUGCCUCCCCCGCACGGCUUUGAGUAA